AUUAGGGCGCCAAAGGAGGGGCUCCGAUUCCGGAUUGGCUGCAGCCGCCAGCAGUGUUGGAGCUGAUUGGUUGUGAGACCUGUCACGUUCGCUCCCCAUUCGCCACACCGACAUGGCGCCAAAUCUAAGCUCGAGAAGUGGAAGAGUCUUUUAGAUUGACGUGGAACGGGGCAGUGUUGUGGUUAAUCGGAAGCUACGUGCUGACGCUAGGUCUUCGGAACGAGCCGGUAGUGGGGUGAUCGGCCUCCCUCCGCCGCUGAAGGACACUUGGAAGGUACUCGGGCCUUCAUUUUACAGCCAGGCCUGUAAGUGGUUGUCGUGUCCGGCCGCAGCGCUUUUAGCCUGAAGAUGGAGAGGUUUCGUUCUGCUCCGGCUCAUGUCCGAGGAUCCAGCCGCCUCUCCGGCCUCCCUGUGGUCAAGUCCCUGUUCUCUUGCGAGGCCGACACUGCGCUGUCUCCGGUCACCAGCCUCGCUCUCAAUAUGGACCAACUGGCCGGCCUGGGCAGCCAGUGUGAAACACCUACACGUAAGCUGGAAGAUCGCUGGUCCAUGCAAAGAACAGACUCUUCAGAAUCAAUGGACGCCGGUCUCUGCCUGGAUUCUCCAAUUAAGAUGGAUCUAAGAGACACAGAAGAAACGUUUCAAAAAACGACUCCUGAUCGUGUCAGGGUUGGACACACAAGGUUACCGAUUGGAAGGAGGAAUUCCCUGCCGCAAAACUUACUGGGAUCCAGCCCUGCCUUUAAGAGGAAUCUUUCUUACUCUCUGGAAUGUGAAGUUUUCCACCUGGCCGACCUGGAGAACAAGGAGAAUGAAACCUUUCAGUUUAAAAUCCCUGCAAGACCACGUUCCCGGGGCUGUUUCCGCUCAAGACUCCACGGAGAUGGGAAGGAAGGUCUCGUUCAAAGACAGAAAUCUGCACCUGCCUGUAUGUUAUCUUCUCCCAGAAAAACUGAAGUUGCUGCUUCUGAUAUGGUCUUUGUCAGAAAAUCCUCCACUGCUUCCACGUCCACUGAAGGAAGCGACGAUGGCUUCUUGGAUAUGUUGGACGGAGAGGACCUAGAGAACGACCUGGAGUUUCCGUGUGGUGUGGCAAGCCUAUGGACAGCUCCCCUUGUUAUGAAAAGCACUGAAAACUUUGUGGAAGCCAGGGCUGAGCCAAACUGCACUACAAAACCAGCACUAAAACGCGUGGAGCGACCACUAGACGAAGACACGCCAGAAAAAAGCAAAAGACGAAAGAGCAUGUCUGAAAUAGUUAAUGAAGGACUUGAUCAUGACAAAAACACAAGGUACAUGAGAUCAACAUCCUUUUCGAGUCAGAGCAUAGAAAAUAUACUGGACAACGAUCAAGUCGAUCUCAUCGGGGACUUUUCAAAGGUCUUCCUGUUUCCUACAGUAAGCGGCAGGCACCAGGAGCUGAAGUAUAUCACACCUGAAAUGAUGGUUCUGAUCCUAAAUGGCAGGUUUGAUCCUUUCAUUGAGCGCUUUGUGGUUAUUGAUUGCAGAUACCCUUACGAGUAUCAAGGAGGCCACAUACAGGGAGCCAUUAACCUUCACAUGGAGCAAGAGGCUGAGGAAUAUUUCCUAAAGAAUCCAAUCUCGUCGUCCACUUGCAAGCGAGUCAUUUUAAUCUUCCACUGUGAGUUCUCAUCAGAGCGGGGACCCAGAAUGUGCAAGUUUCUAAGGGAGAAAGACAGAGACCGAAAUGAAUAUCCGCAGUUACACUAUCCAGAGCUUUAUAUUUUACAUGGUGGAUAUAAAGAAUUUUUCCAGAAAUGCAAGACCUACUGUACCCCGCAGAGCUACCGCCCCAUGAACCACGAGGACUUUAAAGAAGACUUGAGAAAGUUCCGCAUGAAGAGCCGGACAUGGGCGGGGGAGAGAAGCAAGAGAGAACUGUACAGCCGGCUGAAGAAACUAUGAAGCUCCGUGUUUGCACAAUUGUGCCUUUCCAAUCACAGAACAGCCGACAGCCACGGAGAUAAAACUAUCAUGAAACUAAAUCCCUUCAGUUCUCCUGUUCUGCUUUUUCUUUGCACAUGAACCUUUCUCUGGAGUGUUGCAGCAGUCGUGUCCCUGCUGAGAGGUCUCUACUUACUGCACUGUCAUACUGAAACGAUAAAGGUUUCUGUUUGGGUGAGAAUGUCGUAUAAUAAUCAAUGAUACAAGCGGUACAGUGUGAAGCCGCAGCCUCUCUUACAGACCCAUCUUUUACAUUGUGUAUCGCACAUUCUCAUUGGCAGAACCCGUUUCCCUUCCCGAGGGACCAACACUUUAAAAGCACAGAUUUCCUGCAACUUCCACAGAGCUGGUUCUGCCAUUGGCUUUGAGGUUUGUGUUCACUUUAUCUCAAUGGCACCCCCAGUUUUUAUAGCUUUUUUUUUUUUAUGAUUCUUUAAAAGUAUUAACUCUAUUUUCUCAAUUUUGAGAAGGUUUUUCCUUUAAUCAAGGAUUUGCACGACAAGAAAUGUUUUAUCAUUUUUUUGAUUUUGAGAUUGUUUUCCUAUUGAAUACGUGGUGAUGUCACAAUGAGGUUCCCUCUCACCCCGGAGCUGAGUUGAACUUGUGCGCAAGGAUAUAGGUACUGGACCAACUCACAAACAGGGCCAGAGUUAGAGAAGAGGCUCCCCUAGAAGUGCAUGAUAAUUGGGGUGACUGUAUGGGGGGUGGUUAAAUGCAUAAUGGAGAUGGCUGACCUGCAACUCUCAAACAUACCACUUUCAGCCCCUUCACUGCAGAAUGGGGGGCCCAGCACAAAUGCACUGCCCACUAUGUGGCCCUGUUAUGUGUUUGAGCAGGAGUUGUGCUCUAGGGGGCCCCAAAGAGCUGACCUAUAGCCUGAUAUUAAUCGAUUUGUAUUUUUAUAUGGAGUGACUGCAAUGUGUGUAGUGUUUGUACGAAUGUGAAGAGUUAAAGGACCAGUAACGGCAAAACUUUUUCUAAGAAAAAAUUUGUUAGUAAGGUACAAAAAAAACACCAACACAUACUUUAAAAUCGCCAAGUCUUUAUUAAGAAAUAACUUGCCGAAACUCCGCUUGCGCUCCUCUUCAGACAGGGUGAUGAUCAUGGUGCGGCACUCGAUUUCUCCUCCCUGGCUAUCUCCUAUAAGGAAGGCAGGGAGGAGAAAUGGAUCGACUUUUCUGAAGAGGAGCACAAGCGGAGUUUCGGUAAGUUACUUUAUAAAUACUCAGCGACUUUAACGUUAAAUGUUUGUGUCUUGUUUUUGUAGAUAACUAACACAUUUGUUUGUUUUUUUUUUUGAAAAUGUUGCUGGUCCUUUAAAUAUAAAUUAGAUCUUACACUUUUUAUAUUAACACAUCUUAUAUUUUAUGCCCAAAAAUGGAGGUGAAGUGAUGCGAAUCCAAGGCUGACCACGUGAGAUCUGUUCAAUUGUAGGAUGUGGCAGAACAGCUCGCUCCCCUUACCGGCCAAUUCUCAACUUUCCCUCCCAAAAACGCCUUGUUCAUUAUAUUAAGGUCUUGAUUAGAUUUGUAACGGUCACAUGGCACCCUGAGCCAACAACCUGAUUGGACGGAGUGCUUGUUACGCCAGUGAUUGUGAGUGAUGACGGGAAGUCAUUGUAAUGACAUGAUUAUCCAGCCGACAGUUGGGGCAGUCCCAUUGAGUUGCUUUUGGAAAGCAAUAUUUGUAUAUAUAUGACUUGUGCUAUUCUUGUUACAAGGUUUAAUAUGUCCUGUAGGAAACGUAACAUUUAUAACGCUGCUUUUUCUUCCCACUACAGGAAAAUAAACUGCCUUUUUUAAAACCUUAA